GAGUACCUCGAGGAGUUCCCCGGGGAUGGCCGGGAAUGCGUGAACUGUGGAGCCAUGUCCACACCGCUCUGGAGGAAGGACGGCACCGGGCACUACCUGUGCAACGCCUGCGGGCUCUACCACAAAAUGAACGGCAUCAACCGGCCGCUCAAGCCGCAGAAGAGGCUGUCUUCAUCGAGACGUGCUGGCCUAUGUUGCACUAACUGCCACACAACCAACACCACCCUCUGGAGAAGGAACGCCGAAGGGGAGCCCGUCUGCAACGCCUGCGGGUUGUACAUGAAGCUCCACGGGGUACCACGACCUCUGGCCAUGAAAAAGGAAAGCAUCCAGACGAGGAAAAGGAAGCCUAAAAACAUUACCAAAGGCAAAGCCUCAACAGGAUCUACAACUUCGGCCACUAACUCCCCUUCUUCCAUUACCAACUCAGACAGCACGGUCACUUUAAAAUCAGAGCCCAGCACAACCUCGCAGUAUCCCGGACAAACCAUCGUGUCAGUGUCCCAGGCACAAAGCCAGUCGGACGAGGCGCUGGCCGGUGGCCACGGCGAGUUCAAAUUCGAGCCCGAGGACUACACCUUCUCCCCCACCACCAUGGCCCCGCAGCCUGGGCUGAGUGUGCCACUUCGACAGGACUCCUGGUGUGCCCUGGCACUUGCCUAGAAACCCUCAACCUCCAGCAAAAAGCCUCGGGACCAAUGUUUUCGGCUGGCCCCGCAAACGGCCGACGGACAGGAGGACGGGCUGCCCCAGCGCCUCAGGACUGCAGGGUGUCCCACAGCCACAGGACAGGUUUCUCUUGGAGGAUGUAUGUGGAAAAGCUGGAUGGGGCUGGGAUGGCUCUGCUGUGGUACCAGCUCCCCAAAAAGCUCAUCCUUCCCUGGAGCAACCCAGGGCUGCCUCCCCAAGGCCAGAACCUGGGGGCCACCUCCACUUUCCCGGGGAAAGCCUUCCUCCUUUGAGAUGAAAACAGCAAAUAAAUGCAUCCCAGAA